AUGUUCCGGCUAUUGACAUCCUGCUGGUCUCAGCUAAAGACAGCUGAAGAGACACAAAGGAAUGUGACCAUCAUUAUCAUUGGAUUAGACAACUCAGGCAAAACCGUUCUUGUGGAGUCUGCAUCAAUUUCCUUGAACCACAGUAACUGCCUGCUGGCUGAUUUUGCCAUCUCUAGUUGUCCUCCACCCCCAGUAUUCAAUCCACAUGUACUUCCAAGUAGGAUGAACAAUUGUAUGAAAUCUGAAUUGACUACACUCCUACUGCAUGAGUAUGAAGUUUCCAUCUAUGACUUGAGUGGAGACAUGAAGGGCCAAGAAACCUGGCUGAACUACUAUGCACAGGCACACGGACUUGUUUUUGUCCUGGAUUCCAGUGACUUGGGACGCAUGCAGGAAGUGAAGAUCAUCUUAACGCGUCUGCUCUCUGAUAAAAGAGUGGCAGGGAAACCUAUCCUACUCAUGGCAAACAAACAGGACAAGAAGGAUGCCCUCCUACCCUGUGAUAUUAUUGAAUAUCUAUUCCUAGAAAGGCUAGUGAAUGAUAACAAGUCCCUGUGCCGAGUGGAACCCUGUUCAGUCAUCAAAAACCUCCAAAGAGGGAACCAUCAGCCCAUAAUUGAAGGGCUGCACUGGCUAUUAGCUGCCAUUGGGGAUAAAUAUGAAGAGCUGUGUACUCGCUGACAGCCACUCCCCUCAAGCAUCCCAACCUCCAAGGGCACCAGAAGCUCUGGGGAAAGACCCUCAUCAGACAGCCACACUACCAGGAUGGGAAUGUCAAAAGAAAAAAGACAGCAUCUAGGACAAUGCUCUAUGGAAGCUAGGCCCCGAAAGCCAAUCCUACAGCCGUCAAAUGAAGCUUAUACCUGCGGAGAGGCUUAA